UGCAUGUACUAUUUAAUGAAUCGUGACCAUGACAGCACGCGCUGUAAACGAGCUGAACUCGCGGGGUGGAUUCCUCGGUGUAUUGGACCGCGCACUGCAGCCGCGGUUAAGGACGCAACAGCAGCGAGCUAGGCAAACCAAGGCUGGAGCCGCAGGAGUGCCGGCAGUGCCCGACCAGGCGGCUUUGAUUGCUCUGCAAAAGCAAGUGGCGGCAUGCCAAGCGCGUGAGGCGGCAUACCAAGCGGAGACUGAGCGGCUGAGGGCCCAGCUUGCGGCCGCAGGGCACGUGGGGGCUGCCGGCUCGUUGGGUGCCGGGGCUGCUGGCCCAUCUGGUGCUGCUGCCCCACCUGCUGCUGGUGGUGCUGCUGGUGGUGCUACUGGCACGAAGCGGCAGGCCGACCUAGGGAGCGGCGGGGCCACUACCGCAGAGCCGCCGCAGCAGCGGCGGAAGCUCGGACUAUCGGAGGACGAGCAGCCGGCGCAGCAGACGGCGGCACAGGAGGCGGCACAGGAGGAGGCGGCGGAGGCGGCGCAGCCGGCGGCACAGGAGGCGACGCAGGAGCAGCCAGCGCAGCAGCUGCCGCUAGCACAGCAGGCACCGGAAGAGCAGGCGGAGGCAGAUCAGGCGCAGCAGCUGUAGCAGCACCAGGGGCUAAGCCAACAGGUUGUGUGGGAUGCUGCGUGCUAGGUUGAUUGCGGCAGGGUUGAGUAGUUGCCGCAGCUGCCGCCGGUUGUUGGGCUGGCGCAUACUGCCAUAAUGUUGCUGGGCAUGAGAGUGGCGAAAGGCAAUGGGGUUGCGAGACCGUACGUGUUGCACAAGAAUGUGAUGUGCUGAAGCCAUGGCCCAACUAAGCGAGGCCCAGAUGCCCAACUAAGCGAGAGCUGCUUACUCUAUUGUGCUGCAGUCUGUGUGGCUGCUGGGAGAGUUGCAAAAGUACUCAAGAACGUAACUUCAGACUCAUGCCG